CAACCUGUCCUAUGAAUUGUUUAUCACUGGCCCCUUGUAUUUGAGGAAUUGGUGCAAAGAAGGAAUUUGCCACGACCCACGGGAAAGACAAUUGAUUUUCGAACGCAAUGUCUACCUUCUUUGGUGUUCUUGUCUCCGAUCCGGGGCUGCAGAGCCAGUUCACCCAAGUGCAGCUCCGGACCCUCAAAACAAAAUUUGUUGCUGCAAAGAGACCGGAUGCGGAUCAUGUAAUGAUAAAAGAUUUGCCCCCGGUGAUGGAGAAGCUCCGGGGCAUCCAUGAGGUUCUGUCUGAAGAAGAGGUUAGCAGAUUUUUGAGUGAGACCUAUCCUGAUAUGAACCAGCCUAUAGAAUUCGAGCCCUUCCUUAAGGAAUACUUAAAUCUCCAAGCAAAGGGGACCGCAAAAAAUGGAGGCAAAAAGAAAUUGAAGGGAUCUGUGUCAUUUUUGAAAGCUUCCACCACUACUCUCUUGCACGUCAUUAAUGAGUCUGAAAAAACUUCCUACGUCAAUCAUAUCAAUAAUUUUCUGGGAGAGGAUGCUUUCCUGAAGAAUUUCUUGCCAUUGGAUCCUGCAUCGAAUGAGUUAUUUAACCUUGUUCGGGAUGGUGUGCUACUUUGCAAGUUGAUCAAUGUUGCUGUUCCCGGCACAAUCGAUGAGAGAGCAAUCAAUACAAAGAAGGAACUUAAUCCAUGGGAGAGGAACGAGAACCAUACCCUUGGUCUCAACUCUGCAAAGGCCAUUGGUUGCACAGUUGUUAACAUUGGAACACAAGAUUUGAUUGAAGCUAGACCUCAUCUAGUUCUUGGUCUGUUAUCCCAAAUCAUAAAGAUACAACUACUAGCGAAUCUGAAUCUAAAGAAAACACCACAGUUGGCGGAGAUUGUGGCUGAUGACAAUGGCAAGGAGGUAGAGGAGCUGGUCACCUUAGCGCCAGAUAAGAUGUUGCUCAAAUGGAUGAACUUCCAUCUCAAGAAAGCAGGGUAUAAAAAAACUGUAACAAAUUUCUCUACUGAUGUGAAGGAUGGUGAAGCGUAUGCUUACCUUCUCAGCACCCUGGCUCCAGAGCAUAGCUCAAAAACCAUGAUAGAAACUUCGGAUCCCAAGGAGAGGGCAAAGAAAGUACUUGAAACUGCAGAAAAGCUCGAUUGUACAAGAUAUGUAACAUCAAAAGAUAUUGUUGAAGGUUCAGCAAAUCUCAACUUGGCAUUUGUUGCUCAAAUAUUCCAGAACAGAAAUGGUUUAUCAACCAACACUGUGGCUCCUGUUGAAGAUACUCCCGAUGAUGUGGAAGCAUCCAGGGAAGAGAGAGCGUUUCGCCUAUGGAUUAACAGCCUUGGAAUUCCAACUUAUGUGAACAAUUUGUUUGAGGACGUUAGGACUGGAUGGGUCCUGCUAGAGGUUCUUGAUAAAAUUUCUCCUGGGUCAGUUAACUGGAAGCAUGCAUCUAAACCACCAAUUAUUAUGCCGUUUAGAAAAGUGGAGAACUGCAACCAGGUUAUCAAAAUUGGGAAGGAGUUAAAUUUUUCUCUGGUAAAUGUAGCAGGAAAUGACAUUGUGCAAGGAAAUAAGAAACUAAUUCUAGCUUUUCUGUGGCAACUCAUGAGGACCAGUAUCCUACAAUUGCUAAGGAACUUGAGAUCCCAUUCUAAAGAGAAAGAGAUCACCGAUGCUGACAUCCUCAUAUGGGCUAACAAUAAGGUCAAGGAAUCUGGCAAAACUUCUCGCAUCGAAAGCUUCAAGGACAAGAGCAUAUCUGAUGGGGUGUUCUUCCUUGAGCUCCUAAGCGCUGUGCAGAGCAGGGUUGUUGACUGGAACAUGGUGAAGAAGGGGGAGGAUGAGGAGGAGAAGAAGCUGAAUGCAACAUAUAUCAUCAGUGUUGCUCGGAAGCUAGGAUGCACUGUGUUCUUGUUGCCAGAAGACAUAAUGGAGGUGAACCCAAAGAUGAUCCUCACGCUUACCGCGAGCAUCAUGUACUGGAGCCUGCAGAAGCAAGGGCCUUACCAAAGCCCUGGACCACAGGAUGCUCUUCUAGAGGAAGAGGAAGGCGAGGAGGAGGAAGAGGAAGAAGAGGAAGAGGAGGAGGAUUUCGAAGGAGGCAUCGAAGACGGCGUCUCCAAUCUGACCACUUGAUCAGAAAGUACGUCACAGCCAGCCACCACAGCGGACCAGGUUUGCACGGUGAAGUUGCCGGGUUAUCAGGGGUUUGUCGAAACCGAAAGGGGAAGGAAAAUCAAACUGCAGCUGCAAAGGAGAAAGUUUUGGGUAAAGAUAGUUGAUUUCAUUCUUUGCAUGGCAGGGAGCAGCAACUCAACUCCUCUUAGUAGGUAAGAUUGUGCGCGAUCGCACAGCCUAAUCUUGUAUGCCAAUUGCCAAGUGUA